CGGGCGGCCGGUCGCGGAUGCGGGUGCGCUACGCGGCGCUGCCCGCGCGGUCUCGAGAGGGCAGCGGUUGAGGGCGGGCCAGGCCCGAGCACCGGCAGGAUGUCCCUGGGUGCUUGUUGUGUCCUGUGUUGCAGAAGAAUAGGGACCUCUACUCCCCUGCCAAAAAGCCACACAACAUACUGGAAAGAUAUCCGAAAUAUAAUAAAAUUGACUGGAUCCCUUAUUUUAGGAGGUUCUUUAUGUUUUACAUAUGAAGUUAUGGCCCUGAAGAAGUCAUUGACAUUAGAUACUGAAGUGGUAGAAAAAGAAAAAAUGAAGUCAUAUAUAUAUUUGCAUACAGCUUCGUUAAACAAACCAGAAAAUCAUGGGAUUGUCUGGCAGGCUAGAAAAGAACUUCACAAAGCAGUAAGAAAAGUAUUAGCAGCAUCAGCAAAGAUCUUACGGAAUCCAUUUGCUGGCACCUUCAGCACCGUGGACAUAGACGAUCAUGAAUGUGCCAUGUGGCUGCUCCUGAAGAAGAGCCGGGCGGACGACAGGGCGGGGCGGCUGGAGGCUGUGCAGGAGAUGUCAGACUCCCACCACUGGCAUGAUUACCAGUAUAGGAUCAUUGCACAAGCCUGUGACCCGAGAACUCUCAUCGGACUGGCACGAAGCAAGGAGAGUGAUCUCCGCUUUUUUCUCCCACCACCACCUCUGCCAUCUUUAAAAGAAGAUUCUUCCAUUGAAGAGGACCUGAGACAGUUGUUGGCUUCUUUACCUCAAACGGAGUUAGAUGAAUGCAUCCAAUACUACACAUCCUUGGCUCUUAAUGAGAGCAGUCAGAGUCUGGCUGCUCAGAAGGGAGGCUUAUGGUGCUUUGGAGGAAAUGGGCUUCCUUACGCUGAAAGCCUUGGAGACGUGCCUUCAGCCACGGUGGAAAUGUUCUCCUUAGAAGCCAUAGUGAAACACUCAGAGAUACCCACACACUGCGAUCAAAUCGAAGCCAAGGGCGGCCUGCAGCUCCUCCAGAGGCUGCACUACCUCCACAGAGACUCCCCGAACGUGCAGAGAAACAUCAUGCGGAUCGUCGGCAACAUGGCCCUGAGCGAGCGGCUGCAUGCUCCCAUAGUGCGCUCAGGCUGGGUUUCCAUAAUGGCCGAAGCCUUGAAAUCUCACCAGAUUAUGGAAGCCUCACAUGCUGCCAGAACCCUGGCCAAUCUGGACCGAGAAACUGUGCAGGAGAAAUACCAGGACGGCGUCUUUGUGCUGCACCCCCAGUACAGAACAAGUCAGCCCAUUAAAGCCGAUGUCCUUUUUAUUCAUGGCCUUAUGGGAGCAGCAUUCAAAACCUGGCGCCAGCAUGACAGUGAGAAAGAUCUGACUGAAAACGCUUUGGAGGAUGAAAACAGGUACACUACAUGUUGGCCCAAGACGUGGUUAGCCAAGGACUGUCCCGCUCUCCGGAUCAUAUCUGUGGAGUACGACACCGCCCUCAGCGACUGGAGGGCCAGGUGCCCCAUGGAGAGAAAGACCAUUGCGUUCCGAAGCAACGAACUUCUUAGCAAGCUCCGAGCGGCUGGGGUUGGGGACCGGCCGAUGAUCUGGAUCUCGCACAGCAUGGGAGGUCUUCUUGUCAAAAAGAUGCUGUUGGAAGCCGCUAAGAAGCCCGAACUGAGCACAAUUAUCAACAACACCCGAGGAAUCAUUUUCUACAGUGUGCCUCACCAUGGGUCACGGUUGGCUGAAUACUCUGUUAACAUUCGCUAUCUUCUGUUUCCCUCUUUGGAAGUCAAAGAGCUCAGCAAAGAUUCUCCUGCACUUCAGACGCUCCACGAUGACUUUCUGGAGUUUGCAAAGGACAAAAACUUCCAGGUGCUGAGUUUCGUGGAAACGCAGCCCACCUUCAUCGGCAGCAUGCUGAAGCUGCACAUCGUGCCCGUGGAGUCCGCAGCUCUAGGCCUUGGGGACCUCAUUCCUGUGGACGUGAACCACUUGAACAUUUGUAAGCCAAAGAAAAAGGAUGCCUUUUUGUAUCAGCGUACUUUGCAGUUCAUCCGUGAAACUCUAGCCAAAGACCUUGAAAAAUGACACUUGCCUCCCGCUCUCUGAUGUGAGCACAGUGAUACAGUGCAAGAAACCUGGUGUUCCUCCUCCUCCCGCUGCCUACGCAGCCCUGUGAACACAGCCAGCAUGGCGUCGCGCGGUCCGGAAGUGUGCACGCGGCGGAACGUGACUGUGCGUGCCAGCACUGGAGAGCCACGCGCAGACCUGGCAGUCCCAGGAGAAGGGGCCCAUAGACCACCCCUGCCCACCCCGUGCCUCUCCCCGCAGGAGCCCUGGCCGCGGGGGGGUAGAAGUUGGGGUAACCUGGAGUGACGGAGUCCUCUGGUGACUCACCUUACAAUGACACGAGAGCCCCUCAAGUGGGAAGCAAUGAACCGGAACGUGAAAGACUGUCCUCCCGCUGUGGCCGUAAAGCUUUUAAAUGUCAUUUUUAAAAACAUUUAGUUUUUAACAUUUAGUUAAAUCCUUGGCACGUGGCCUGUUAGGCCAAUUGUUGUGCAUGGGAAAGUUCCUUGUAUGUUUCUAUUUUCAUACUGCUAAGAACAAACUGUUUCUAAAAAAAAAAACAACACAACAACAAAGGAACUCUAGCUUAGAGAAUUCUUUCCAGAUCGUAGCUACAUGUGCUUGUCAUGGGUUUGGGAUAGGACAGAGUAGCUAGUCCGUUACUGAUCAUCAGAGUAUGGAAAAAACAAAAGCGAUUCUAAGCCAUUAGGAGCAGAACUUAGUAUCAAGAUUUCUUAUUCUCUUUAGCUAAAGUAUACCUUCUUUCCUUGCUCAUGAAGAAGUAGUACCAGUUGGCCUCUAGCCUGUGAGAAAAUGAUGUGCUUUUGAGUAAGAGCAUUAUUUUUUGCUUUUUGCCGGUCCUGGAGCCUGAACUCAG